CCAGCCCACAAGUAGGGACACUCGGACAGGCUGGUGCGACUGCGACAGAGCCAUGAGUUGGACCUGCCCGCGGUGCGAGGAGCCAGUGUACUUCGCGGAGAAAGUGAGCUCUCUGGGCAAGAACUGGCAUCGUUUCUGCCUGAAAUGUGAGCGCUGCCACACUGUGCUGUCCCCGGGAGGGCAUGCAGAGCACAAUGGGAGGCCUUACUGCCACAAGCCAUGCUACGGGGCCCUCUUUGGACCCAGAGGGGUGAACAUCGGAGGUGUGGGCUCCUAUCUCUACAACCCCCCCACAGCCUCCCCUGCCAGCACCACCCUCAGCCCCAGCAGCUUCAGCCCUCCCCGGCCAAGGACUUGCCUCCCCUACCGAAAGAAAAGCCUGGCCAGCAUGAGGACAUUCACAGGAGAGACCUCGCUGUGCCCUGGCUGUGGGCAGCCUGUCUUCUUUGCAGAGAAGGUGAUGUCUUUGGGCAGAAACUGGCAUCGGCCCUGUCUGAGGUGCCAGCGUUGCCGGAAGACCCUCACUGCUGGAAGCCAUGCUGAGCAUGACGGCGCCCCCUACUGCCACAUCCCCUGCUACGGCUACCUGUUCGGCCCCAAAGGUGUGAACAUCGGUGACGUGGGCUGCUAUAUCUAUGACCCAGUGGAAAUAAAACCCAAAUAAGCAGCUCCCAAGAGAGGUCACCCGGAUGCAGGCUUCCUGCUGUCCCUCUGUGUCCAGUGAGAGCUACAGGGGUGGGGAAGGUGGAGUCCUGGGUCCCUGGGCCUAGGCGCCAUGGUAGGCCACAGUCUACUCUAGCCUCUCUGCUGAUUCUUCCACUUCCCAGCCCUCCUGGUCAGGAACACAGGCUCUCCAUUGUGAAUACUGGCACCCCAACCUUCCCAUCCCUUGUCACAGCAAAUUCUUGGGCUUAAAAGAACUUAUCAAACUUGUUUAUUGAGCCCCAGCCUCUCUGGCUUCUCCAAUAAAAUGUUGGCUUCCAUGCCC